UCACACACACACACAGACACAUAUUUAAAUAUCAUCUAUCUAAAAUUCACUUUUUUAAGUUAAAAAAAUCAUGUCCUCUUCCCCUACCAAUCAACAACAACAAUCAUCAUCGCCAACACCUCCUCCCCCUCCACCCCCAACAACUGCAGAUACACAACAACAACAAAAUAAUAUAGCCCCCUCAACUUCAUCUUCUUUAAAUACAGAAAAUAAUAUUAAAGAAUAUAAUAUUUUAUUAAUUGGAAUUAAAAGGAUUAGACAAAUUUUGUUUGAUCAAUUAAAACAAUCAGCACAAAAAUAUGAACAACACAAUCAUUAUACUGAUAUUAGUUACCUAACUUUUGAAUUUAAACAAGGAGAAUUUUCUACUUUAGAAUUAAUGCAAAUUGAUCCGAGAACGACACGCACAGGAGCUCAUUUAAUGGCUAUUAGAAAAGCCCACGCAGCUAUUAUUUGUUAUGCUGCACAUAUCCCUUCCUCAUUUCAUGUAUUAACUGGAUUCUCUGAAGAUUUUAAUACUAGUCAAUCAGCAGAAGUAAAGGGAGGGAAAGGAAAGGGAAAAAUAGCAAAAAACACAGCUAGGCCUGUAAGUGUAUUUUAA